CAGGAUUGCGGAAACCCUAAUAAUGAGGUAUAUAUAAAACUCGGCGAAAACACAAAAGCAGACUUCUCUUCGUGUGUUUAGAGCAUUGCAGAGAUCAUCACUGCUUGAAGGCGGCGGCUUCUUCUUCUUCUCACGCAUCUCAUCUCCGCUAAUCAAAAUGUCUCUGGUCGCGAACGAGGAGUUUCAGCACAUUCUCCGUGUGCUUAACACAAAUGUCGAUGGAAAGCAGAAGAUCAUGUUCGCCCUUACCUCAAUCAAGGGUAUUGGCAGGCGUUUGGCUAACAUCGUCUGCAAGAAAGCUGAUGUCGACAUGAACAAGAGGGCUGGUGAGUUGUCUGCAGCUGAGAUCGACAACCUGAUGACGAUUGUUGCUAACCCGAAGCAGUACAAGAUCCCAGACUGGUUCCUGAACAGGCAGAAGGACUACAAGGACGGGAAGUACUCCCAAGUUGUCUCCAAUGCCCUUGACAUGAAGCUCAGGGACGAUCUCGAGCGUCUCAAGAAAAUCAGAAACCACCGUGGGCUGAGACACUACUGGGGUCUUCGUGUCCGUGGACAGCACACCAAGACAACUGGGCGCAGAGGAAAGACUGUUGGUGUCUCGAAGAAGCGUUAAGCAAUUGCUAGUUACUGCUUUAUCGGUUUUGAUAUAUGUUUCUGCUUUGAACUGUCUGUGACACUUUUGGAUUUUCGAAAUAGUUUGCGUGAUAUUUUUGGAUCUUUGUGCUCUCUAUCUCUCUUUUCCAGUGGUUACAUCUGUUUCAACUUUAA